UUGAACGGACGCAUCGUUCCUAAAUCAAAUUACGCGCGCGCGUGAAAGUGUCAAAAACCAGAGACAAUUAUAUUUUUUAUAAACAAUGGAUAAAAUUGAGUCUGAGACGAAACGUAAACAGCCAAAGCCGUUUUCUAUAGAAUCUUUAAUUGGUGAUCGGAAAUCGCCUGAGAUUGAUAUCGAGAAUGCCGAUUCGAAGAAUUCUGAUGAUGAGAACCAGAGUGAUUUGAAUCGUAUGCGAUAUUAUUUGAAUGGGCCAUUUUUGCAUCAGAGUAACUUUCCACUGUUACUUGGUUAUACCGAACCGUGGUUGAGUAGAGUGUUUGGGGAAGGACAAAUACGGGGAAGAGAUAAAGAAGAAGACAAGAGAGACAGUCCUGUGAGUGUUGGGAGUGAAGAGAGUGACGGAGUGGAGGAAAAUACGCAAGGAAACGAUUCAGAAGACGACCCAGACCAGCCAAGAGAAAACAAAGCCAGAAGAAGACGAACAGCCUUCACGUCGGAGCAGCUGCUAGAGUUAGAAAGAGAGUUCCAUGCCAAGAAGUACCUGAGCCUAACUGAGAGAUCCCAGAUUGCUUCCGCACUCAAACUGAGUGAGGUUCAGGUCAAAAUAUGGUUCCAAAACCGUCGUGCAAAAUGGAAACGGGUCAAAGCAGGCUUAGCGUCGGGCAGUCAUUCUAGCGGAAAAGCCACCGGCACAAAAAUCGUCGUCCCAAUACCGGUGCACGUCAACCGGUUUGCAGUUCGAACACAGCACCAUCAGAUGGAGAAACAAUACCGGUUGGACAGAACACAGCCAUUGCCAGGAAGCCUACUCCAAUCACAGACGUCAGCUUUCUUGAGCGCUUCAAAAGUAUCAGAAAACCGUCAGCCGGUUUUUAAUUCAUUGAGUCGCAGCUCCGUUUUUGACGGGAGCGUAUCGAGGCUGGCAACACUAAAUCAGACUGUCAAUUUGAGACAUUUCGAUCAGAAUAGUCAUAGUUGAAGUCUUAUAAGUUAUAAGGUUUGUAACUUAGAUUAAGGAUUGGUCUCCGCUGCGCUCUAACUAGGUACCACACUACCUAAGAACUAUAUAUUAUAUUAAUGGCCUUUUUGUUACGGCAACUAUUAGAUGCUUGUGUGCGUGGCAACUUGACACUCAAUGGCAUCUUUCAAAUUUUGUAACAUACGUUUCGUGUUAUUUUACAUUGAAAUUAAUAAAAUACAAAAUACUUACAGAUGAUAUACCUAUUGUGAUUACAGUGUCUUGCUUAUUUCUUGUAGUAUUAUUUUUACAAAGUUGUACUACUCAACCCGGCAUUUUAUUUUCAAUAAUUAUAAAAGUUUAUCAGAACAUGUGGCACGUCAACGUCACCGAUUGUACAAGACUGGCUCGAUUACGCCCACUUUGGCGUAGUAUUAGUUGCCGCACUAUGCGACUAUGCCUGCGUUAUCUAGUAGGAGCGCAGCGGAGACCAAUCCUUAAUCUAAGUUUUGUAAUUUGUGUAGAUAUUUUUCGGAUUAAUCAUGCCUAUUGUAUUACGUAAUAAUUAAGGUUAAAUAAAUGUAAAAAUGGGUGAUAUAUAA